AUGGCUAAACUCUCUCAUAAAAACUUGGUUCGUACAGUACACGCACCUGAUGAUCUAUUAGCUAAAUUACAGAACUAUGGCCAUUCAAUUACUAUGGAAUAUUGUAAUGGUGGGGAUUUAGCAGACCAUUUAGCUGCAACUCGUUUUGGCUUAGACGAAGUCAACAUCAAAAAGUUUAUCAAUGAUAUAAGUUCUGCAAUUGCAUGUAUUCAUAGCAAACGAAUAAUUCAUCGAGAUAUUAAGCCAGAAAAUAUCUUAUUAAUGUCCCACAACGGCGAGCAUACAUAUAAACUAGGUGAUUUUGGUAUCUCCAAGUUCUGUACCGGAGCAGAACCUAGAACUGUUGCCAAAACUUUCGCAGGAACGAGUCCUUAUAUGGCACCAGAAGUACAAAUAAGAAUUCAAGAAUAUACAAAAUCCGUUGAUAUUUGGAGCUUUGGUGUGGUCAUUUACGAAUGCGUUACUAAAUCACUUCCAUUUUCAGACGUUUCUCUACAAGAAAUGGAAAAAAUAGAUUAUUUUAUGGAAAAGCCGGUAGAAGCAAUUCGAACCUUUUUGGAUUCAAAUGGCAAAGUUCAAUUUUCUACUGAACUGCCCAUUGAAAAUAAUUUAUACGCUCCAACGAUUCAAAAAAUUACAAAUUUUCUACAACUGCUAUUGGAUGGCAAUCCGAAACGUCGAGGUGGUUACAACGAAGUUACCAACACUUAUCAAUGUUUCAAUUUUAAUGAGCUUGAAAUUUUCAAAGAUACAAGGUUAAUUCAUAUAGUUUUAGCCAAUACAUUGGAAAUUUAUAGCGUAGAAGAUGAUUCUGAAGGCCGAUUAAAUUUGGACGAAAUUAGAAGAACAAGUUUGAAAUCUUUUGGUCUAAGCUGCGAUAUCAGCGACUAUAAACUUGUUCUUCACACCGCAGUUAUGGAUGCUCGAUCCAAGCGAACCAAGAACAGUUGGAUUACAGCUAUGGAUCUAACCAUGAACAAGGAAGAAAACAUCAUAACAUACGAUCAGGAUAUCAGAGCCAAAUUAGCAUUUUUGAAAAACUUCUGCAAACGCAGAAGGUUGGAGAAUAUGAAUGAAAAGGACAAGUAUCAUCUGUAUGCAUUUAGGUUAAGCAUAAAUCGGUUAUUUCUUUAUAUGGACAACAUCCUAAGCUACUGUAAAUUAGGGAUAGAGAAUACUGGCUCCUUAUGUAGAACUGUCAGAAAAAAAUAUCAAGAUAUGCAACAAAGAAUGAAAGGAAUCCUAUCUCAAAUAACCGAGUUUAAUGCGAUCUAUAAAUGUUAUGAGACUUUAUUUAGCUGUGAUCACCAAUGGGUUAUCGAAUGUUUAGAUGAAGAACAAAAAAAAGAAUGGGAAACUUUAACUGCAACACGUACUCGAAUGAAAGCUUUUGAGAAAGAGAUGUCGGAGCUGGAACAAAAUAUGGUGGUAAUCCAAAAAGAAUUUGAGAUUUUUCAAAGUAAAAAUCUAGAAGAAAACAUUAGCAAUAGUAUGACGGAAUUUACUAAUAGCAGUAAUAAAAUUUCGAUAAAUUAUCAGGACCUUUUAAAAUGCUAUCCAACGGACGUAAAUCAGAGGAGAAUUGAUGAAUUUGUUCAAUCUUGGACUAAUUGGUAUGAGCGUAUUAAAAUUAUCCAUGAAAAGUGUAUCAAUUAUCUAAGGGAGGUAUUGGCUAUAAUGAAAGUCAUUUCCACAGCUCUUGAACAAUUAAAUAAAACACCAUCGGAAUUGACUGAAAACACGGUUACAGUGCAAAAGAAAGUAUGCUGUGAUUCUAGCUAUAUUCAGUAUGCAGACUUGGCUAUAAAUUCAUUAUUGUUUUGCACCAAUGAAGUUUGUGAGGUUAUAUAA